UUCGUCUCUAUGGCUGCGCUAGACGCCGAAGAAAUCCUAUCGGGAUAAGCGCUUAGAUCAAGUCAACUCUAUUAGUAAUGACUGGGAUCGGUAAUUGUUGCAUAACUGGCGAGUGAUCGCAUGAACGUUUUUCAAUCCAACAAUGACAUUGUUAUUGACUCGAAUUAUUUGACUACUGAGUGGCAGGUGGCUUGCUCGCAGCUCCCUGGUUAGCCUAGCUGCUAAUGCUAAGUACCAAGCUAAGCGUAAUGCCGUUUUGCCGAAAUGUUCCAGUCUGCUUGAAGAGGGAACACGUCGAGGCUUGACAUACUUUCAGACCAGUCAGUGACACCGAAUCAAGCCGUUCGAUGUAUCACAAAGAGAAGAGCAUCCAGAUUAAGAACAGCGCGUCGGCGCUGUACAACAACCUGUGCGUGCUGCGUAUCGCCCCGCGGCGCCUCACCUACUUCACGGUGGUCCACGCCAAUGUGGUCAACAUGGUCAGCGCGUCGUGGGACGGCCUCAAUUACUCCCACCGUCAGCUGCAGUCCAAGGAGCCCAACGUCGCAACUAGUCCAUCGCUCAUCAUGCAGGCUGCAUUUUGUGUUCUGCCCUCUCGCGAUCUGCUGGUAGUGACUUCACAGAAAGGCAUCCAGAUAUAUGAAUCAGAUGGCUCCAUCAUGGUGUAUUGGCACGCACUGGAUACUCCUGAAACACCAACAGCCCAGGCUGUGUUUGCACGGGGGAUCGCUGCAGUGUGGGAGAAUUACAUAUGUGUGGGACUGUCCUCUUGUGGAAUCCUCGUAUUUGAUGUUCCCACUAAAGGCAGUAAUAUCACCCUGUCUGAAGUACUGGAGGAACACAAGGAGCCCAUCACCGACUUGGCCCAAGAGUGCUCAGGCAGCCAGGAUUGCAUCGCUGACCUGGUCAGUGCCGAUGACAGCGGCACCUUAUGUGUGUGGAAGUCCGGCGAAGAGUUUCAGCUGCUCAACAAGAUUGGUGGAUUUGAUAUGAGCUGCUCAUCCGUGAAGCUGUGGAGAGGUACAGCGGUGGCUGGUUACGGAACAGGCCAGAUCCGUCUGUACGAGGCCGUGACGGGAAUUCUGCACGCGGAGGUCAAUGCCCACGCCCGCUGGAUCUACUCACUGGACAUUGCUCCUUUUUCUGGGCUGCUCCUGUCUGCUGCUGAAGACUCUUUUGUAAGGGUGUGGCACCUGACAGUAACCCCAGAAAGCAACACAGUGGAGGUUGCCCAUCUACAUAAUGAGUGCGUGACAGACACGCAAAUCUGCGGCGCCAAGUUCUGCGAUGGAGAUGGCUACGCCUUCGCCGUGACGGGAUAUGACCUCAAUGAAAUCAUACGCUACACGCAGACAUAGGACAUCACCCUUAAUAUGGCUGAGUGUACGGGUAUCAAACCGGUGGUCAUACAAUAUCUGCGCAAUGCAAUCAUCAGACACUCCGGAAGGGCGGUUGGCGUCAACUUGCAUCACUCUUAAGAUGACGUGCGCAUUAUCUUUAGCCGGUGUGUCUUCAGAUGUUUGUUUGUUUGUUUAUUGAACAUAAAACAUAUACAGUAAUAAUUUGACAGAAAAUACGGUAGAUAGAAAAGUAAAAAGAAAGAAAUCAGUCUUCAUUCAACACAGUUAUUAUGUUCAAGGGAGUAGGAUGAAGUAAAAAACUUAUCUAGUCCAACCCCGUUAUGUGUUUAUAUCUACUAAAUCAUUUUUAUAUCAAUCAGAAAAGGAAAAAAGUAAGAAGGAGUCUCCAUUAAGGCUCAUACUUUACACUUAACCGUGAUAUUUUUACAACUUUUGGUUUGUAUCGGGAUUAUAUACAUCCACACCCUGGCACUCUUGUGUCAAUUUUCUAUUGUAUUCAUAAUGGAUAUUUGUUAGCUAAUACAGGGUGAUUCAGAUGUUUGAAUAAAGUCUGUAGAGUUUUAAUGGCAAAUGUUUACCCGUUUAUGAACUCUAAGUUCAAUCACAAAAUAGUAUUAAAUAUAUCUAUGACAAAGAAACGCCACUAGAGGACAGCAUUGAUUUUGUUCAUGGAUGAAAGCAUAAGCGAUGGUAUGUUUUGUGGUAUUUUUUCUAAAUUUCAUGAAAAACGAAUGGGACCUACUCACUGACAACUUUUCACAAUUUCUUUUCAAAGCAAAAUACAUGGAAUAGUUAAAACAAGACUCUGGUUCAUGUAUUUAUGUAAGCCUGCGGUAAUUCUGCUUAACAAUGAGCAGACGCAUAUUGAGAGUUUAUUAAUUUUUCUUACAUAGGGAGCACUACUGCUUUGCAUACCAUUUUAAAAAAUCCAAUUUAUUAAUCGUUGCUAGUUAAGGAUAUCUUUUCAUUUUUACCAGUUUAAUACAAACGGCAGAACCACAAAGGACCAUGCACUUCCUUACUAGAUCUAUGAUAAAAAGUAAAUAUGGAAAAUACAGUACAUGCAAAAUAUAUGCUCUAAUAUGUUUCCUUUUUGCUAGUGCAUUUUUCAGUACGUGUAUGAAAGAUUCCACAAUCGUAAGCCAACAAAAAAGGUUUUGAGCAAACAACAACAAAAAAAAUCACACACUGAAUUAUUUUUGUAAAAAAAUAAAUAAAAUUACCAUUCAAAGACGGCAUAAAACUGCAGAACAGAAAACCAACAUUAGGUGCAAGAAUUCAUUUCGUACUUUUUUUUUCUUCACAAAAAUCAACUCACUCAAACUGUGAAUAUUAUUAACGCACUAUUUUUGUCCUUCAUAUCAUUCCGAAUCCUCUGAAAAAAAUAUUUGGCCUACUCAUGCUGUAAUAUACGGCAAUGGAAGUGCAACUAAGACAUGUAUGCCAUCGAGUGGGGAAUUGUGAUGUUACAGCUAUCACCUUUGCACUAAAUAAAAAAAAAAUCAUAUGUGUAUAUUCUAA